AUGAAGAAGGGCGAGACUGUGAAGCUGAUAAGUGCCGAAGGCUUCGAGUUCAUCGUCGACAAAAGGGCUGCCAUGGUUUCUCAGACCAUUCGCAACAUGCUCACGUCACCAGGUGGUUUCGCUGAAGCCGAGCACGGGGAAGUGACGUUUCCAGAGAUAAGCACGGUUAUUCUUGAGAAGAUUUGCCAGUAUUUUUACUGGUCUCUUCAGUAUGCUAGCGGCAAGGAAACUGAGUUCCACAUCGAACCUGAACUGACUUUGGAGCUCAUGAUGGCGGCUAACUAUCUGCAUACAUGA